AUGAAAGCUACCUUUUCCACUCAUUCUCGUAGCACUCAUGCCGUAUUAUGUGGCCGAGAAAUUUCUCGGGCAAUUAAACAAAGUGAUGCCGCAAUAAGACAAGAAUAUCUUUGGCUAUACCAUCAAGAUUGCAUAUGUGCACUAAUAUUCACAAGUUCUUUAUUAUUAAUGUUAUUAUUUUCAUAUCUUUAUUUAUCAAACUACCUUUCCGCGAUGUCGACUAUUGUUUUAAUAGCUUUUGCAAUAUCCUUGUUACAUGAAUUAGAACAUGAUAUUAUUCAUAAUUUAUAUUUUAAAAAAUACAAAUGGAUUCAAAAUGUCAUGUUUCUAUUUAUUUGGGUUGCUAAAUUACAUAUUUCACCUUGGCAUCGUCGGCAGAUACACUUGAAACAUCAUCUUUUAUCUGGUCAAAUAAACGAUGCAGAAGAAAGAUUAAUUGGUUUAGGUUUAUCACCGAAUUAUAAAAGAAUGGCUGUUAGUAUGCAUCCGUUUGGCGGUGUUUUGGUCAGUAAUGACAUAAGUAAAGAUGUGAAAUUUUUAAAUUUAUUUACUCUGCAACUUCAUAAUGCACCAAUGUUACUUACAUUUCUCCUUGUUAAUCUAAGUUUUCUUGGUUAUAAUUUAUUCUUCUUUAUUUACUGUUGUUUAAGUUAUGAUAUCAAUACGAUAUAUGGUAUUCAUACAUUUUAUCCAAUUAUUCGUACUUUAGCGGUUUGUUUAUGUUCUCCAAAUUUACUAAGACAAGCUUGCUUAGUAUUAAUGUCUACCGCUUCUCAUUAUUAUGGUGAUAUACCCUUGAAUACUGUAUAUUAUCAAAAUCAAAUAUUAGACUCAUGGUAUGUGCUUCCUUUUCAAGCAUUUUGUUUUAAUUUCGGUGCAACACAUAUUGUGCAUCAUUAUGUUCCUUCGCAGCCAUUUUAUAUUCGACAUUUUACGGCUAGGGCAGUAAAAAAUAUUAUGAUUAAGUUAGGCGUGCGUAAUAAUGAUUUUGGUAUAUUGUGGAGAAAUAAUCGUUAUAAUAUCGAUUCAAAAGAAGAUGAAAAACAGAAAUUAUAUGGUAAGUAUUGGUUUGCUGCAUGCGUAUUGCUGGGAUUUCCUUUAUACAUAAUAUGGGACAUGAUGGUCUUCCACAAGCUCAAUAAAAAUAUUCUAAACUUGAUUACAGAAAAAUUAUCGAAGAAAAGUAAAGAAGAACUUGAUAACAAAAGUAAUAAUGAAUUAACAACUAAUGAAAAAAUGGUUAACAAUAGUGAAACAAUAACAGAUAAUGGUAUAUACCAACUGAAUACAUUGGUUAAUCGAAUUGCAUUACCCUAUGUAUGA